GGCCGCCCGCCGGGGGAGCGCGCGCCCCCUGCCGCCCGCCGGGGGAGCGCGGCGCGGGCUCCCGGGAGGCCGAGAACAUGGCGGGGCGGCCCGCGGCCUCGGCCUCGCAGCCUCCCGACCCCGACCGAGCAGCGCCCAAUGCGGUGGCGCGGAUCUCACAGUGGGCGGACGACCACCUGCGCCUCGUCAGGAACAUCAGCACUGGAAUGGCCAUAGCUGGAAUAGUGUUAUUUAUAAGAAGUGUUCGACUGACGUCAAAAUUUACAAGUUCUUCAGAUAUUCCAGUAGAAUUUAUAAGAAGAAAUGUUAAACUACGUGGACGAUUACGACGAAUAACUGAGAAUGGUUUAGAAAUUGAACAUAUUCCUAUUACUUUACCUAUUAUAUCUUCAUUGAGAAAAGAGCCAUGUGGUGCUUUGCUGGUUAAGCUGGCUGGAGUAGAACUCACUGAAACUGGGAAAAUAUGGUUACAGAAAGAACUAAAACCUUCCCAGCAAGUAUGGUUCCAACUUCUUGGAAAGGAAAAUUCAGCACUCAUUUGCUACCUUUUAGUAAAUAAGGGAGGAUAUUUUAGUGUGAGUCUUAAUGAAGAAAUUUUGAGAAGAGGCCUUGGCAAAACUGUUCUUGUUAAAGGGCUUAAUUAUGAUUCUAAAAUCUAUUGGACAAUUCAUAGAAACUUACUUAAAGCUGAAUUAACAGCCUUAAAAAAAAGAGAAGGAAUAUGGAAGGAAGAAUCUGAAAAAGAAAACUAUUUGGAAAAACUCAAAGAUUCCUGGAGAGAAAUAUGGACAAAAGACAGUUAUUUAAAAACAAUUGGAUCAGAUCUCAACUUGAAAAAGGAAAGUUACUAUGACAAACUUAGAAGGACUUAUGAAAUAUGGAAAGACAACAUGAAUAACUACUCCUUAAUACUGAAAUUCAGAGAACUUAUAAGUCGCAUACACUUUCGAAGAAAAGGGUGAAAUAUCCAAGAGAUCUAGAGGUGAUCUGCUCUGAAGAGUAAAAUAUGUAAAUAUAUGGACAUUUUCAUUGAGUCAAAAUGGAAAUUUCCCCAAAUGAUGAAAGUUGUAGUUUAAUGGUAUUUAAAUAUUAAAGAGAUGAUUAUGAUAAGUGUAAUAUCACAAUUAAUUUAAAUAAAUUAUGAUUCAUGUAAUAUGCUUUUAGGAAAAAUGAAGCAUUCUAUAAAAAGUUACCAAACUGAAGGAUUUAUAUAUGUAGUGCUAACGUUUGAAGAGAAAGUUUAACUAUUGGCCAUCGUGUUAUUUUGGGCAGCCACAUUUGAUUUUUGUUUAAAGAGAAUAUUUGUUUUAUUUUUUCAGGUUUAUCAUCUUUCAUUAUUUAUAAUAAAGGAAUUCU